AUGGUCUCUCUCAGGUCUCCCUGGGCGCUGCUCCUGCUCACGCCAAUUGCGGUCGCUUUUGCUGCGGCUGCUGCUGCUCCCAACGUAACGUCGAUAGAAAACCUUAGCCUCGAGGGCUUGGAAGAGAAGCUUCAGACCUGCUCCAUUGUCCAAGACCUCAACGCGCACAGGGCUGCCAACAGCCACGAGCAAUCCACCUUCUUUCGCGCCUCUUCACGAUCCUCUUCCCCGGAAGCCCCGCCGUCAACGCUCUUCUCGCGACGCUCUACAUCUCGGGCCCCCAACUUCCUGCUCGCGCUAUGCCCGACCAACAUCGACCCGGCGUCCCUCACCAUCAUGGUGGCCUUUGCCGUGGGCGGCCUCAUGGGAGACACGCUUUUCCACCUGCUGCCCGAGAUCUUUCUCGGCGAGGAAGAGCACGGUAAAGUCAAGUUUGUUCUUGUCGAGCCCAAUAGGAACCUCUUGCUCGGUCUGGCCAUCCUCGUUGGUUUCAUGACCUUUGUAGCCAUGGAUAAGGGCUUGCGCAUCCUGACCGGGGGUGCCGGCCACGACCACGGCCACGGCCACUCUCACUCUCACAGCCACGAGGUGGCCCCCUCGGCCUCGUCGUCGUCCGUGGAUGCGGCUAAGGGCGGUGCCAAGUCGCGCAAGAAGGGUACCGCCGCCGCCGAGAAGGACCACGACCACGCUGCCGAGCGCAAAGAGGUUAGCCCUAGUAUGAAAAUGGGAGGUGUCCUCAACCUCAUUGCCGAUUUCACCCACAACAUCACCGACGGCCUGGCCAUGGCUGCGAGCUUCUACGCCUCGCCCACGGUGGGCGCCAGCACCACCCUCGCCGUCUUCCUCCACGAGAUUCCCCACGAGGUGGGAGACUUUGCCCUCCUCGUCCAGUCCGGGUUCUCUAAGCGCGCGGCUAUGGGCGCUCAGUUCGUUACCGCCAUCGGCGCUUUCUCGGCACCCUCAUCGGCAUCUGCAUUCAGGACCGUCAUACCCGAACUGCUUGAGACUGGACCCAACAAGACCUUGGAGCUAAAGAAGACCCUGGGCCAGUUCACCGCUGUGGCUUUGGGCGCUGGCAUCAUGCUCUACAUCUCUUGGCAUGAUUAG